GGUAGGCCCGGUAGGGUAGGAGGGACCUGAAUGACGAUGAAAGAGCGAGAUAAGAGACAGACGGAAUUGAAAAAUUGAGAGCAGAGAGAGAGAGACAGAGAGAGAGAGAGAGAGAGAGAGAGAGAGAGAGAGAGAGAAGAGCGAUAGAGAGGUGAGCGGUGCACACACAUCACUAUCAACUGAAUUUAUCUUAGCAAAAUAUCUCUCUGGUAUUCCGAGCAUGGAAGGCAAGUUUUUAUCGUCCCCAAAACAACCUGAACAGAAGCCGAAAUGAUUGGGGGAUCAGGCGGAUUCCUUGAAAAGUGCGUGUUCGCUGUUACGGGGGACUCCAACGGAAGAAGUCGGUGCUGCCUCUGCUGCCUCAAGUCCUGCUCUCCGGCUCUAAUGCUUUGCCCAAGGUUUUGAGAAGGGCUGAGGUGAGUCGUAGGUUGACCUGCCUGACGCGGAGAAAAGUGUGGACAUAUCAGAAGAUUGUUUACCGGACUCAGGCAGCAUGCUGUCCGGUAUACCUACGGGUGGCAGGGCGCUCGGAACCGAUUCGCACAAACAAUACCGAAUGGCGCUGGGUCAUUGUGCACGGUCAUAUUCUAGGAUUGCAUGAAGGCAAAGCGAUAAAGAAAAAAGUUCAACAUGAUAAAGGGGCAUACAAUUGAUACGGACAAAGCCUCAUCUAAGAUCUCUGGAUCCAAAUGUCACCCCCCCUGGAUGCUGCCCCGGGCGGGGACCAGCAGUGUGUGACGGUGACGGGUGGGUGGCGAGGAGAGGAGAGGAGGAGGCCACAGACACAUCGGCUCUCGACAGCGACUCUGCAGUAAAUUGGCCCAGGCUGGGUCCUGUCCUGUGAGAACGAGCAGAGAGUGAGAGUGCUCUGGUCUCAUAUUUCAGCAUGGAUGGCGUCAGAGUCAGCUUCACUUAGAGGACCUGCUCUUCCUAAUGAGACCGCUUUCCCUCUUCAAGUUGAGGACUAAUCAAUUACAGGGGGAUUAAGCCUAACCCUACAGCUUCCUGUUCUACCGCCCCGUGAAGAAGAAGUGAACUCAGCAUUAUCAAACUCUUUUAGAGGACUGGUUUUUGUCGACUCUUUUAGUGGAUUUACUUCAACACUUUCAAUACUUUUCCUUUUUUUGUUUUUUUGGGUGCGUUGCUUUUUAAUUUCUCCAACCCAAGGCCAUUCCUAUCCUUCGGAUUUUACACUAUGGAGUUUCAGGCCGGGCUGUGGAAUAAAGAUUGGGGUUCAUUUCUGCGUUUCUGGUUAACGGUCAUCCUGAGCCUCAACGUGCACUUCAGCCACCCCGCCACCUCGUGCCCAGAGGAGUGCCGCUGCGACAAAACGUUUGUUUACUGCAAUGAGCGGAGCCUGACGUCGGUGCCUCUGGGGGUAACGGAGGGCUACAAGAUCCUCUACCUCCACAACAACCAGAUCAACAAUGCAGGGUUCCCAUUGGAACUACACAAUGUGGCCUCCGUGGAGACAGUGUAUCUCUAUGGCAACCAGCUGGACGAGUUCCCCAUCAACCUGCCCAAGAACAUCCGGGUGCUCCACCUGCAGGAGAACAACAUCCAGACCAUCUCCAGGGCUGCCUUGGCUCAGCUGCCCCGCCUAGAGGAGCUCCACCUGGACGAUAACUCCAUCUCUACGGUUGGGGUGGAGGAGGGGGCGUUCCGGGAGGCUGUCAGCCUCAAGCUGCUCUUCCUCACCAAGAAUCACCUGAGCAGUGUCCCCAUUGGUCUCCCAGAGGACCUCACAGAGCUGCGAUUGGACGAGAACCGUAUCGCCGUCAUCGCUGAGGAGGCGUUCCAGAACGUGACUCGGCUACAGCGCCUCCUGUUGGAUGGCAACUUGUUGACGGAUGAGGGCGUGGCCCCGGGGACGUUCCAGGAGCUGUCCAACCUCCAGGAGCUGGCGCUGGCCCGUAACUCUCUGACGUUCCCCCCGCCCCUCCUCCCGACGCACUCCCUGGUCAAGCUCAGCCUGCAGGAUAAUCAGAUGGACCAGAUCCCAGUGACGGCAUUCUCAGGCCUUCAGAGGCUUGAGAGACUGGAUAUCUCCAACAACCAGCUGCAGACGCUGACACAGGGGGUCUUUGACGGCCUCGUCAGCCUCAGACAGCUCACUGUUCGCAACAACCCGUGGCGCUGCGACUGCACCGUCAAAUGGGUGGUGGUGUGGCUCAAGUCAUUACCAGCCUCCAUCAACGUGCGCGGUUCAAUGUGCCAGAGCCCCGAGAGGGUGCGCGGCAUGGCAAUCAGAGAACUCACCCUGGAUGCUAUCCAGUGCCCAGCUGGGACGGACCUCCAGCCCGACCUCUGGCCUACACUGCGCUCCACGCCCCCGCACCCCCAACUACCCACCACCACCACCACCCUCAUUACCUCCUCCAUGACCAGCUCUAUUCCCACCUCCACAACCUCCUCCUACCCCACAUCACCCUCCCCUCCCCCUGCCCUGCCUCCCCACCCCGCUGGCCCCCUGCCCCCCUAUGAGGACCCCCUACGGAUAUCCUUCCACGUGGUCAAUGCCUCCUGCAUCGAGGUGAGCUGGGCUUCCUACUUCACCGUCACGGCCUACAAGGUGACCUGGGUCAAGAUGGGCCAGAGCCUGAUGAACGACGUCAGCCGCGAGAGGACGGUGAGUGGGGAUAGGCGGAAGCUUAGCCUGACCAACCUGGAGCCCAGGUCUGUUUACCGGGUCUGUGUUUAUGUGCUGGACACCCUCAACUCCUACCGCCCAGGGGAGGAUACAAUAUGCUCAGAGGCCAGGACCAAGUCGGCCUCGUCCAGCUCCAAUAACAACAAGGCCAUGGGGUCGGAGGAAGCUCAACAGGACGCCAACUCCCCACUCCUUUUGGCCGGGGUGAUAGGCGGGGCCGUCCUUGUCAUCCUGGUAACGCUGCUGAGCCUGUUUUGUUGGCACAUGCACAAGAAGAGCCGCUCUGAGUCGUCCAAGUGGAAAUACAACCGGGGAAGGAGAAAAGACGACUACUGCGAGGCAGGGACCAAAAAGGAUAACUCUAUACUGGAAAUGACUGAGACCAGCUUUCAGAUAGUCUCGCUGAACAAUGAGCAACUUUUGAAAGGGGAUUUCAGGAUUCAGCCCAUCUACACACCCAAUGGAGGCAUCGGCUUCAGAGACUGCCACCUCAGUAACAAUAGCUUAGCCUACUGCAAGAGCAGCAACGUUCCCAGCACCGAGGUCUGCCACACGUGAUGCUUCUAACAAGAUGCUCCCACACCGGUUGUUUGAGAAAAAAACUAAGUAGUUAAAUAUACUGUACCAUAGAUAUUUCCAAGUUCUGUCUACCAUGUAAUUUAUACUGUGGACAAUAAUGUGGAAUUCUAUCUGCUAUCUUUUUUACUCUUAGUUAAAAGGAAUACAAAUGGCUUUCUAAUCAGUGGGUUUCAAAUACAGUAAGUGGUUUUGCUUAAGUACUGUCUGUAUAUCGGAAUUUGUACCAUUACGACACGCUGGGAUGGUUCUAACGAACGCUGUCCUGUCUGUCAGGUUUUGGGUUGUUGGGCACUAUGAGGGAGGGGAUUCUUUGCUAACCACAGGAGCUAAAUGAUGGUCUUUGUGCAGGGCCACCCCCUCAGAACACUAGUUACAAUAACACAGUGGUCAGGGACAUAGUAACACUGCUGAUUAGACUGCAGUGGAGAAUAGGCACUGCUGGUGUUUUUUUAAAGAAUCAAAGUGCACUUUCUAAUGCAACAGAGAGAGUAAGCAGCCAUCCAGGAAAUUAGCUUUUAGUGGAAAUCCCAUCAGAGAGGAAAGUGCACACUUUUCAACACCCUCUAAUGCCCUCACAGGACUAAGUGAACAUGUAUGAAUGUGGUAGGCAGGGACGCAGUGGAGGCUGCUGAGGGGAGAACGGCUCAUAAUAAUGGCCAGAACGGAGAAAACAGAAUGGCGUCAAACACCUGGCAACCAUGUAUUUGAUACCAUUCCACUGACUCUGCUCCAGUCUUUACCACGAGCCUGUUCUCCCCAAUUAAGGUGCCACCAACCUCCUGUGGCAGGGAGGGAAACUGCUCUGACUGCUGGAUAUAGAUUGUCCUUCAUUGACACAGGAGGUUGUACAAGCUGUGGCCACUAGGGGGCAUGUUCUCUCAGUCAGUAUAGAGGUGGGCGAGAGAGGGAGCAGUAGAGAUCCUUUAGCUACAGCAUUCCUUCCAGCAACCGUAACUCAUGGUUUUCACAGCCACAAAGUCAAAACUCUAUAUUGUAAAUUCUUGAAAACAAAAAUGUGGUUAGGGUUAGGCAUGAGAAUAGCAGUGUGGUUAAGGUUAUGGUUAAGGUUUGGAUUAGGUUUCAAAUGAGAUUUUAACAAGAUAAAUUGUAGAAAUAUACAUAAUUAUGACUUUGUGGCUGUGUUAACUAGUGACGACCAUUACUCAUUCUCAAAUGGCAAUGUUCAGAGUAUUAACGCUUGCGGAGCUACUUAAAGAAGUGGAAUCAUUUAAAACUAACUGUGCUCAGAUCUGUUGUUCAGUGGCUAAAUUAUAUGGAUUUUUUCCACAGUGUGUUAUUAUCAUGGGGGAGGCCCAUGAGGUUGUGUUGGGUAUCUUGUCUUUGCAGGGAGGUGUCUGCAGGGAUGAUGAAUGUGUAGGAGAUACACUCACAGUUAUUAUACAGUCUGCUACCUUUCUAUUGUCUUAUUGUUUAGUAUUUAAAUGACAAAUGUGUGAAUCACAAUGAAUGAUCAAUGUGUUUAUCUUCUAUGUGCUUUACACUGUGUUGAUAGAAGGGGUUUCCUGCUGAAACAUGUGAAUAAUUUCCAUUGUCUAGACGGGAUUGGCUAUUCUAUUGAUUCAUUGAUUGAUUGGUUCAAACGACACAUUCAUCAUCAAUUCAAAACAAUGUUAGCUAAAUCUGGAGCUGCCCUUACAUGAAGCAUGAACCUGUCCUUAUCUGAUCUCUCUCAUCUUAGAGCUUCUCAGAUCACUGCAUCAGCUCGAGAGAGAGAGAGAGAGAGAGAGAGAGAGAGAGAGAGAGAGAGAGAGAG